AAACGAUAACAAACCGUCACGUGACGUAAAUCUGGCGCGAAAAAGACUCGCGGUCAAAUGAAACUGAGAGCGUAAGACUAGCUUUAAGACUUACAAGGUGUAAAGUAAACAUUCAAUUAUUUUAUGUGACAUCUUAUGCACACAUUUGGUGAGAAAAAUGUUCUGUGAAAAAGCGAUUGAGCUCAUUAGAGAACUGCAAAGGAUGGGUGAUGGUCAAUUGCCAGCGUUUAACGAAGAUGGUAUUAGGCAAGUACUGGAGGAGAUGAAAGCUUUGUAUGAGCAGAAUCAAAGUGAUGUUAAUGAAGCCAAGUCUGAGGGCCGGAGUGAGCUGAUUCCAACGAUCAAGUUUCGUCAUUGUUGUCUGCUAAGAAAUCAACGCUGCAUUGCUGCUUACCUCUAUGACAGACUGCUUCGGAUCAGGGCCUUGAGGUGGGAGUAUGGAAGCGUGCUGCCCACAAAUAUUCGCUUCCAUUUGUGUGCAGAAGAGUUGGAGUGGUUCAACCAAUACAAGAAGUCCUUGGCCACCUUUAUGAGGUCUCUUGGAGGAGAGGAAGGACUGGACAUAACGCAGGACGUGAAACCCCCUAAGAGUCUGUACAUAGAGGUGCGCUGUUUGAAAGAUCAUGGCGAGUUUGAAAUUGACGACGGGACCAUAAUACUUUUGAAGAAAAACAGUCAGCACUUUUUGCCACGUUGGAAGUGUGAGCAGCUGAUUCGUCAGGGAGUCUUGGAGCAUGUGAUGUCAUGAAUGACCAACCCUUAGUUACUGUAACUGUGUGUCCACUUGUUUUGAGUCCACUAAACAUGCACAAUAUUUAGAAAAUGUGCUUUGAAACAAGACAGACUUCAUGUAUGGUU